ACACUAGGAACAGGUGGCGUUGGAUGUAAACGUCGCUACGCCCGAAAGUUUUCUCCGGCACGCUAAGUGACCUUCUGAAAGCUCUGUGUUCGGAAUGUUGGACUGACAAGUUAUGAAGGACACCCAAGUCCCUGGAGUUCGUAGUUAACGGUCAUAUUCGCAGAGAACUGCCAGAAGCUGUAAAAUGGUGUUUAGAGAGCAGGACACACAUGCUCUACAUCAUGAGCCGAUGUACGAUCCAGAGUUACUUAAAAAGCUGGACUUUUCGCAGUCACCAACAAAGUUUAAUCCUCCUGUUACUGCAGUUAACCCCGGAGAAAAUCUUCUAGUUCGCCCCUUGUGCCGGGCGGAUUACGAAAAAGGAUUUGUACAAUUGCUUGGGCAGCUGACAAGUGUUGGAGAUAUCACAAAGGAGCAGUUUCUUCGGCGAUAUGCUGAAAUGAAGGCAUGUAAAAAUACGUACUUCAUCACCGUAAUUGAAGAUACAAUAACUAACAGAAUUAUUGGUGCUGCUACUCUUGUUAUAGAGCAAAAAUUCAUUCACGGAUGUGCUGUGCGUGGCCGUUUGGAAGAUGUUGUUGUAAAUGAUACGUAUCGUGGAAAGCAACUCGGUAAACUAAUUGUGGCAACUGUUGAGUUGCUUGCUAGACAAUUGAAUUGCUACAAGCUCACUCUGGACUGCAAAGAUGAUCUGAUUCCUUUCUAUGAGAACCUUGGGUAUGAACUGCAGCCUGGCAAUUCAAACUACAUGUCGAUGCGCUUUCAGAAUCAAUCUCCAAAAUUAAUCAAAAUGUUGAGAUCAAAAUUGUAAAUAUCUUUAGGUUAAGCCAUGUUAUGUGUAACUGUCAGUGAAGUAAAAUAAAAGAGAAGUAUUAAUUAAUGUAAAUAUACACAUAACAUGUUCUCAUGUGAACUUUAAAAUAAUUUUCAAAUUAUUUCAAUAUAUUUCAUUGUUCACUUGAAAAAUAAAGACUGAAUAAAGUUAACUGUCUUAUUAUUGCAUGAACUUCAGCUGCGAUGUUGGUCAUAGAAAAUUACUUAACUCCUGCUUUGUACUUAACUGAAAUGGCGAAAUUUUCUCUUGUGCAUAAUUUAUAAUUUGUGUAACAGAAAUAAAACAACUGAAGCCAG